GUGACAUAGCUUAUAGUGUAAUGAGUUAAGAAAAAUUUCAAAGUUCAUCGAAUGGUAUCUCUUUUACAGGAUGGUGUGUUAACUGUUAACUUAGGUCCUAAACACGGCGUCUAUGUUAUCAAUCGUCAGACGCCUAACAGACAAAUUUGGUUAAGUUUACCCUUCAGCGGACCAAAGCGCUACGAGUUUGUAGGUCCUAAAACCGGCGAAAAGGGUGAAUGGCUUUAUCGUCACGAUGAUGAGACUUUGCACGACUCAUUGCAACAGGAGCUAUAGCCUAUAUUCAAAGAUCAAAAGUUAGAUCUUUCUGAAUUACCUUACAG